UUUUCCUCUGCAUUUUCCAUUGGUUUACAUUCGGGCCAACAAGCUGAGCUGACUUGUUGUUGUUUUCGUUUUUAAUAUUAGCAAACAAUUAUAAAUUGUAACUCAAAAGAGAUAAGCAAUUUUUUAAUAAUUGCCCAAGCUUUGUUUUACUUUGGCCAGUUAAACAAAAAAAGAAACUACGCACGUUUUGUGCUUGUACGAAAAAAAUCAAUAAGCGUGUAAAAUUCGUAAACACGCCAAGCCCCCGAAAAACCCAACCCCACCACCCAACCCAGUGAGCUGUGUCCAAGAGUCCAAGGCAAGAGGCUAACCACAAGCCAGCUGCAACAUGAUGCUUGAGCUGUCGCUGCCGCUGCGGCUGCUCCUCCUCCUCGUCGUGGCAGCUGUUGGUCAGCCGGAGCUUGCGCCAGCGCCAACUGACACUUCCAGCGUUACGCAUCGUCUGGCCAAGCGUAUGGAUCUUGAAGUCUGCAUAGGCCACUUCGAUGUGCACAAGAACACGAUUAUACGCACGGGCGAGUCGCAGGCGAUUGGCGGCAAGUAUCUGCAGGGCCUGGAGCUGGACACGCUGGAGGAGUGCGAGCGCUUGUGCUGCGAAACGGAUGCCUGCGAUGUGUACAUCUUUGAGCGCAAGGCCGGCGGCUAUUGCUACUUGUUCGAGUGCGGUCCGCCCGAGAAUUUCCACUGCAAGUUCACGCGGCAUGCGAACUACACGAGCGCCGUGCUGACCCCGCAGGUGCGCAACGCCGUGGAUGUGGUGGCCAGCACGCCGCGGCCGCAGCUGCCGCACAUACCCAGCAACAACAUAUCGCAGCAGGAGUGGGAGCUCAGCAAUCUGAAGCUCAGGCCGGACAAGCCCGCAAUUGCGGUCAUGCCCACAACGGGCGUGGCCCAGUCCCCCGCUGCGGCAACGCCAGCUCAAAGCGCGCCCGCCGCGCACUGCGGACGCUUUCAGUUCAGCUGCCAUUCGGGCGAGUGCAUUGCCGUUUACAAUGCCUGCGAUGGCAUUCCUCAGUGCGAAGAUGGCAGCGACGAGGGACCGGAAUGCAAUGCCGUUGCCACAAAGGCCAGCGGCAACAACAAUGUCGAGCAAUAUCAGCCUGUGCCGCCCAUACAGCAGCAAUUGCAGGCAGCUCAGCAACCACAGCAACAGCAACAGCAGCAACAACAGCAGCAACAGCAGCAACAACAGCAACAUGUUAUUGUGCUGGGACCACCACCGCCGCCUCCUCCACCGCCGCCUAUGGUCAACAAUCGUGAGGAUGCGACCGCUUGGGCUAAUCGCAAAAUGAUUGCCGAGACACAGCAACAGCAGCAACAGCAACAACAGCAACAACAGCAACAACAACAGCAACAGCAACAACAACAGCAGCAGCAGCAACAGCCUCAAGCGCCAGGCGAGAUUCUGAGCACGGAUGAGCAGCUGAACAGUCACAUAUUUAAUCACAAAGGCGGCCUGCAACUGCAACAGCAGGGCCAGGGGCAGGUUCAGGGCCAGCCGCCUCCGCCGCCAGCGCCAGCAGCGCAGCUCCAAUUGCCGGCGUACAACAAUAAUGCGGCGUCUGGAGGUGGCUCUUUGUAUGGCAUGUCGCUGCCACGCACCGCCAUUUAUCUGACGCCACAGCAGCAACAACAACAGCCGCAAGUUGUGAACGUGCCACAACAGUCGCCGCCUCUUGUUAACUGGCCACAAGUUGCAGCGCCGCUAGCUCAAAUUGCCGUGCAACAGCCACAGCCACAGCAGCAACAGAGCCACGCCUACAUAACUGCUGCAGCAGCACCGCCUCCAGUUGCCCCACCGCAGCCGCCACAGCAAGCUAUGUUGCCCGUGCUGAAUGCAGCGCCAACGCUUGGCAAGAACCAGCCGGCUGAUGAGGAGUACGAUGACUACGAGGAGGACAAGUCCACAGAGCCGCCCAAGAAGAAGCAGCGCAAGCACAAGAAGGCCAAGCCCAAGAGCAGCAGCAGCAAGGAUCCCAUUGAGCUGGCGCUGGAGCAAAACAAACAGCCGCAGCAACAGUUGCCGCCGCCGGCAUUGCCCGUGCCAGUUGGACCCGUGCACGAGCAAUACAAAAUGAUACACGACAAUCUGGCGCUGGAGUUUCGGGAUCAUGAUGGUCACUCGGAGCGUCCCGGCGGCGCCGUGCUCUCGCUGACGCUGGGCCUGCUGGUGACCGCGGCGCUGGCCAUACUCAUUGGCUGCCGGAUGCGCACAGUGGGUCGGCGGGCACGUCGCAUGGGCGGCAAGACGCCCUAUUCCCAGGAGGCGGACUUCCUCGUCAAUGGCAUGUAUCUAUAAGGCAGGGCCAGAGCAAGUCCUUCGUAGUAUACACAUAUAUAUAUAUACCGUUUUGUGUGCCAGUCUCGUGUGGGUUGGGGGCUUUGGAUGUCGUGUGUGGACUAAGCUGUGCCACAUGCAUCCAAAUUAGUGAAUUGAAAUGAAUGUCAAACAUAUUUUAUAUAAACAAUUAUAUACAAACAUAACGAAUAAAACAUAAUUUAAAAUAAACAAAA